UCCCCUUCAUUUUGUUAUUUUCAAAACUAACCUCUUUGUUUUUUGUCAUGAACGAAUCAGUUGUGUAUUGUUAUCUAAGGUAAAGUUUGAUGUUCGGAAGAGUACAGUUGUCAUGUUUUAUGGGCUUUCAAUCAGUCAUUUAGUACAAUGUUUAAGUUAUUAAAAGAUUAUUUUACGUAUUGGUAUUUCCAAUAUGAAUUAAUCACAAAUAUUUAUAUGUUCGAACCUUGGGAAAAAUUUUUGUUACAUGGGCUACUUGUAUGUAUCAUUGGACUCAUUACAUAUUCAAGCUUUGUUUACUUACCGACAUACCUUGUUUCUUUAUGGAAAUCAUACACUGAUCUGCUGAGCGACUUCAAGGCCAUUUAUUAUUAAUAAUUAUAUUGUAUUUUUUGCUACAAAUUCAUCUUAUAAUGCCUUUUCAAUGGUGGAUUACAGAUUUUUUAAUAACAUUUGGUUAUUAUCUCUAGUUGUAAUCAUAUAUAUUUUUAAUCAAUGACUGAUUUAUAAUAAUUAAUUAAAAUGCGUUAUAAAAAUGUCUUUCUAUAUAUAAUAUAUUAGUUCAAUAAUUAUAUGAAAGAAAAACAAUUUCAUAUGUGAUAGAAAGUGAAUCCAAUAUUGUAAUAUUUAGAUUAGGAGAUAAUGUAUACUUGAGGAGAACCUUUUGUGCCUUUAUAUAUAUAUAUAUAUAUAUAUAUAU